CACACAUACACACCAGAUGUUUCCAUGUGUUCUUUGAUAACAAACAAAAUGUUAGAGAUGUUAGACUACGGUAUGGCCAAUAUAGUAUAGUUACGUCAUCCUCCAAUUACCCACAAAAAUGUCAACUCAUUCUACCUAACAGUUUCCUUUUGAUUGUUGAAGUUGAAAUAAAUUUGAGUUAAAAAAAAGUUGUCCAUUAUGAACGAAGGGGCAUUGGUAAAAGAGAAGCGCAGCUGCCUGUUCUCUGACUAUCUGAAGUGGAAUGGUCACUCUUCGGUAGCCUUGGAACAAUCCGAAACAACAAUAUUGUCAAAUGUCAAAGUACCAUUCAACAGAUUCGCGGUGUCGCUGGGAGAGUGUGUUGGAACCCAUGACCACAUUUGGACAAUGUCGUUGAAUACAGAUAGCAACAACGUUCCAAUUGUUAUGCUGCAUGGUUUUGCUGCUGGCAUCGCCUUUUGGCUCAUGAAUUUGGAGGACAUUUCCGAAGAUCGACCACUGUAUUCAAUAGAUUUAUUAGGAUUCGGUAGAAGUUCUCGGCCAAAUUUCUCAACUGACGCAGAAACAGUAGAACAGCAAUUUGUCGAUUCGAUAGAAAAGUGGCGAGAGGCAAUGAAAAUUGAUUCGAUGAUACUGUUGGGUCACAGUUUCGGUGGAUUUCUUGCCACUUCGUAUGCUAUGAAGUAUCCCGAUCGAAUUGAACAUUUAAUUCUGGCCGAUCCCUGGGGCUUCACAGAAGCUAGGGAUAUGAGUGCUGAGCCACUGUGGCGACGAUCACUAGUGAAAGUUUUUCAAAGAAUGGCCCCAUUAGCAAUAAUUAGAGCCGCCGGACCCUACGGCGAGUGGUUGGUCAAGAAAGCGCGUAAGGACAUUCUGCGGAAAUACGAACAGGCUGUAGAAGAUGAAAAUGUCAUUGCUCAGUACAUACAUCAAUGUAACAGUGCACAUCCGUCUGGCGAAGAGGCAUUCCGUAGUCUACUCGACAAGGGUCCAUGGGCUAAGCAUCCAAUGGGCGAAAGAGUGUUGGCUGGAAUGAGCGAUACACUUCCAAUUACAUUUCUGUACGGCGAGAAAUCGUGGAUGGACAAUAAAUACGGUGAAAUUAUAAAAAAUGCACGACCGAAUAGCUACACAAAAAUCGUAAUAAUACCAUUCGCCGGUCAUCACGUCUAUUCCGAUAAUGCCUUAGAUUUCAACCAGUCGGUGAAUGAAGCUUGUAAAAUUUUGAAAACGAAACCGUCUUAGUGAAGUGGAUCGUCACUUGGAAUGGUUUGUGGAGUGUUUUUUUUUUGUAAGGGAACAAAUUAUGGUCUUCAGUAUUAUUGAGCACAACUUUGCCGGAUUUGUGAUAUUUCCUCAAUUUUUAUCGUCACAACGAAAAAAUGUAUUCUAAGCUUUAAUUACAAGUAAUUUUUCUCUCCGUCAUGCCGUUGAAUAGUUAGAAGUUGCAAUUAUCUCGUUAAAAACGUAAUUUUGUAAUUCAAAUUUUUGUAAAUUUUCUGUCCAUUGUGGUGGGUUUGUUUGUUAUUUCCUGAAGAAUAAAAUAAAUUUAUCGUUUUAGCGAAACAGCCAUCGUA